AUGGAGAGAAAAUUUGAGAUAUUCCUUGAUGCUCUUGAUGAGUAUGCAAGUGGGUAUCUCACAAAAGAAUGGGUUGCUCCGGUCAAGACUGUUGAGGGUGAGGUUGUGCCCAAGCCUAGGUCAGAAUGGACUGAAGCUGAGGUGUUUGCUGCAUAUUCGAACAAGAAGGCCAGAAAUGCCUUAGUUACAGCUUUGUCUAGCACACAAUUUGCACAUAUACAACACAUCCCUAAUGCUAAACAAGCUUGGGAUAAACUAAGGGUGGUUCAUGAAGGGGAUGACCAAGUUAGAACCCUAAAACUUCAGAUGGUGCUUGCACAAUUUGAAGAACUUAGGAUGUCUGAAACUGAGUCUAUUUCUGAGUUCUAUGGAAGAGUUGAGAUGAUCACAAAUGAAGCCAUGAGUCUAGGUCAACCCAUUGAAGAGCUUCUUGUUGUUCAGAAAAUUCUUCGUGUUCUACCAUCUAGGUUUAGAGCAAAGAAAACCGCAAUCAUGGAGGUCCAAAAUUUAAAUGAAAUUAAGCUUGGCAAACUUGUAGGAAAAUUGAAAACCUAUGAGAUGGAAUUGAAUAUGGAAGAAAAUGACUCCAAAAAAUCAAAAAGUGUUGCACUUCAAGGAGUGCAUGUUUCUUCUCCGAAAGGUGGUGAUAAAUCCUCAGGUUUUGAGGAUGAGAUGGCCUUGUUGGUCAAAAAAUUUAGGAGAAUUCUUAAGGAUAAGGGAAAGUUUGCUAGAGAGGGCAGCUCUGGUAGUGAGAAAAAUUUUAGACCAUCAACUGAUCGGUUUAAUGAGAGGAAUAAGGAUGUCAAACCUUUCACGAAAGAUUUUAGAAAAUCUGUCAAGUGCUUCACAUGUGGAGGCAUUGGACACUAUGCUGCUGACUGUGCAAACAAUCAGAAAAAAUACUCCAAAGGAAAGGACAAGGCCAUGAAAGUGAGCUGGAGUGAGAGUGAAAGUGAAGGCUCUCAAGAUGAUUCAUCUUCCUCUGAUGAUGAUGACCAACAUGUUGCCUUUGUUGCCUCUGUGCAGCCCAUGUCUGAUGAAUCUGAUUCUGAGUCAGAUGACCUGUCAUACGAGUCAUUAGGAAGAAAAUAUGAUUGUUUGUUUAAAGAGACCUUGUCCUUGAAAGAAGAGAGCCUCAAACUUGAGGCAAAUAACCAAGAUCUUCAACAUGAAAUUCUCAUCUUAAAAGAAACCAAAAAGGAGUUGAGUGACAAAUUUGAGUCUCUAGAAAAAGAAAUUGAUGCUCUUGUGUCAAUUAGGAGUAACCUUGAGAACCAAGUUAAUGUGCUCAAGGAAAGUAACAUUGGUUUCCAGAACUCAAACAAACAGCUCCUAGGUGAAUUGAAUGAAGCAAAUAGGAAGAUUAUAUCUAUGACCAUUGGUGCUUCAAAAAUUGACAAAAUGUUGAAUAUGGGAAAACUUCAUGGGGACAAAGGUGGUCUUGGAUUUAAUCACUUUGGUUCUAGUUUGUCUAGUUCUACCACUAAGUUUGUCAAAUCAGAAAAUCCAGUCACGGUUCCUCUUGAUGUUCAGCAGGUUGUCAAGAAACCUAAGUUUGUUCCAACUUGUCACAGGUGUGGGUUGACUGGUCAUAUUCGACCAGUCUGUCAUAUGUAUAGCAAAGAAAAGACCAGAAAAUUGUCUCCAAAAUCUAAAAGGAAUCCCAGAUCUUUGCAAGAUCAAGUUGAUCAUUUGCUGAAUGAGGUCACUAAGAUAGCCAAACUUGUCUCCCUCAAAAUGAGUUCUCCUAUUGUGCCUAAGUCUACUUGGAUUGCAAGAGGUCAUACCAAAUCUCUUGUUGUGCUAAAUGCUUUUGCUGCUUCAAAUAUCAACUCUUGGUAUUUUGAUAGUGGUUGUUCCAAACAUAUGUCUGGGGAUAAAAAUGUUUUCUCAUCUCUCAGCCCCUUUGAUGGAGGCACUGUGACUUUUGGUGGAGGUCAUAGAUCUCAAGUUGUUCACAUGGACCUUGUUGGUCCUAUCCAAACCAUGUCCCUUGGUGGAAAGAAAUAUAUUCUUGUCAUGGUUGAUGAUUUCUCUAGGUUUACUUGGGUCUCAUUUCUACGUGAGAAAUCUGAAACUUUUCAAAGGUUUAAGUCUGUUUGUCACCUUUUGCAAAAAGAGAAGAUGACCAGUCAUCUGCCUCUUGUUAGAAUUAGAACAGACCAUGGCUCUGAAUUUGAGAAUUCUCAGUUUCUAAAAUUUUGCGAAGAAAUGGGAAUUAAACAUGAGUUCUCUGCACCUAUUACACCUCAGCAAAAUGGUGUUGUGGAGAGAAAGAAUAGAGUGCUUGUAGAGAUGGCAAGGGUGAUGCUAAAUAGCAAAAAUCUUGCUAAACACUUUUGGGCUGAAGCUAUCAAUACAGCUUGUUACAUCUCAAACAGGGUAUUUGUGAGGUCUGGUACCAACCAAACUCCCUAUGAGAUUUGGAAAGGAAAGAAGCCUAAUGUGUCAUAUUUUAAGGUCUUUGGUAGCACAUGCUAUAUUUUGAGAGAUAGGGAGCAUCUUGCUAAGUUUGAGUCUAAGUGUGAUAAGGGAAUAUUUCUAGGGUAUUCCACUUCUAGUCGAGCCUAUAGAGUGUACAACUGUAGGUCCAGAACCAUCAUUGAAUCCAUAAAUGUCACUAUUGAUGAUUUUGCUGCCUCUAUAGAGAUGGCAUUAGAUGAGGAUGGUCUUUUUCCUCCUCCUCCACUUGAGCAAGAAUCUCCAGGUCUGGAUCUUGUGGUUGACCUGUCAACUUUUGGAAAUUCUGUCCCGGUUGACCUGUCAACCCCUUCAACUUCUAGUUCCAUCUCCUCUGUCCAGGCUGCCAGCUCUCAUCCUGAUCAUAGUCCUCUCACUCCAUCUGCGAAUGUCAUUAUUGGCCCUCUUAAUCAGGGAGUGAGAACUAGGAAACAACUUGCUCAAGAAAUUAGCCAUGUGUGUUAUGUUUCCAAGGAAGAGCCUAGAAAUGUGAAAGAAGCCUUGCACCAUGGUGAAUGGUUUCUUGCAAUGCAGGAAGAAUUAAAUCAAUUUGUGAGAAAUGACGUUUCGUACCUUGUUCCUAGACCAGUUCACACAAAUGUCAUAGGCACUAAGUGGAUUUUCAAGAAUAAAACCGAUGAGCAAGGUAAUGUGGUGAGAAAUAAGGCUAGAUUGGUUGCUCAAGGAUACACUCAAAUGGAAGGCAUUGACUUUGAUGAAACUUUUGCCCCUGUUGCACGAUUAGAAUCAAUUAGAUUGCUUCUUGCCAUUGCUUGUCAUUUGAAAUUCAAACUUUAUCAAAUGGAUGUCAAAACUGCCUUCUUGAAUGGUGUCCUAAAUGAAGAGGUCUAUGUUGAGCAGCCAAAGGGUUUUGAAGAUCCACAUCAUCCAAAUGAUGUGUUUCGGUUAAAAAAGGCUCUCUAUGGUUUGAAACAAGCUCCUAGAGCAUGGUAUGAGAGGUUAUCCUCUCAUCUUCUAGGAAAUGGGUAUGUUAGAGGGUCCGUUGAUAAAACAUUGUUUGUGAAAAGGUUUAAAAAGGAUGUCUUGAUUGCUCAAGUGUAUGUUGAUGAUAUUGUGGUUGGUUCUACCUCAGAUUUGCAUGUUCAAGAUUUUAUUCAUGUCAUGACUAGUGAAUUUGAAAUGAGUCUUGUAGGUGAGCUUAAUUAUUUCUUAGGUCUUCAAAUCAAACAGAGCCAUGAUGGGAUCUUUGUAUCCCAAUCUAAAUAUGCAAAAAAACUUGUGACAAAAUUUGGUUUGGAGGGAGCCAAAUCUGCAAGAACUCCAAUGAGCACUAGUGCUAAGAUUCAUAGAGACUUGCAUGGCAAAAGUGUGGAUCAAACUCUCUAUAGAAGCAUGAUAAGAAGUCUUCUCUACUUGACUGCUAGUAGACCUGACAUUUCUUUUAGUGUUGGUGUGUGUGCUAGUGAUGCCGAUUGGGCAGGUUGUAGUGAUGAUAGGAAAAGCACUUCCGGGGGGGUCUUCUAUGUAGGCAACAACCUUGUUGCUUGGCAUAGCAAAAAACAGAAUUCUGUCUCCUUAUCCACUCCUGAAGCAGAGUAUGUUGCCGCUGGGAGUUGUUGUACUCAACUUCUUUGGAUGAGACAAAUGUUGGAAGACUAUGGUCUUGCUCAAUCUUGCUUUCUAAUCUAUUGUGACAACAUGAGUGUCAUAGAUAUUUCAAAAAAUCCUGUUCAACACUCUAGGACUAAGCAUAUAGACAUUCGGCACCAUUUUAUUAGAGAUCUUGUGGAAGACAAAAUUUUAUCUUUGGAAUUUGUUCCCUCUGAAAAACAGCUAGCAGAUAUACUUACCAAGGCCUUGGACUUUCAGAAACAUGGUAUACUUAGGCAAUCCAUUGGCCUUUGCUCAAUUGAUUGA